AUGCAGUACAAGGAUGAGAAUCAUGCUCAGAUGCAUGACGUAAUGGGAGCGAUGCAGUAUGCUAAUAAUGGGCAGGCAUACACAGUCCAGGAAGUAGGUAUGGGGCCCAGCGGGGACGAUAUGCCUAAAUUAUACCAGGCAAAUCCGUUUACUCCGAGCUUCCCGCCGCAAAAGGUUAAGAAAAACAAGGCUACGUUCCCCGCAAGCCUGUGUUGCUGCUGCUGCUGUGAGGAGGAUGUAUCUGGGAGAGGAAUCGUACCACAGAGCAACAAGUCGAUCAUUCUUAAGCCGAUCAGGAGGGAACGUAUUGUGGAGGUGAUGAGAGAGGAGGUUCACGAACGGAUAGUCAACGUUCCGCAGGUGCAGUACGUUGACAAGUUCGUUGAGGUGCCCAAACCCGUUUUCAAAUACAAGAUGAAGGAGGUUAAAAGGCCGGUGAUGGUGGAAAAAAUCAGGCGGGUGCCCAAAAUAGUGGAGGAAGAGAAAAUCAUUGAAGUGCCAGAAAUCCGUUACGUGGAAAAGGAAGUCACCGUUCCGCAGAUUAUUCAAAAGGAACGCAUUGUGGAAGUGCCACUACCGGUAGUCAGGGAGAGACGCAUCCCGGUGUUGAGAGUACACCGAAAUGAGACCUACCAAGAAGUCGAUAACAUCAACUACAACGAAUUCGGUACCGCCAUCACCUCAGUCAGGGAAGGAGCAGAGGCGCCUAACAACACGCCCAUCAAACGAAAGACGGAAGGCAGAACAAACGACGACAAAUUGUAUGUCGACACUAAAGUAUACAAUGAGACUGAACGUCCCCACAAAAGCAAACAGAUGGAUGAAGUCGUCAGAAGCUCCAGACCCUCUAUUGCGGAAAAACCAGACUCUCCGACACACCGCAGCUCAAGGCAGACCCACGACCUAGCUCAAACCCAACAGACCAAAGACGUCAAAAGGUGGUUGCAGAAUGUGAAUGAGGUGAAACAGAUGGUAGGCAACAAUGAGAGAGAGAGCAAGCAGCCUGGUCCAGGCGUCAACGCCAGUUCUGUAGGAGUACAGGAAAUCCCGUUCGACCACUUGCAGCGAAUGGAAAACAACGGCGACAUGAAGCACAGCAUAACCGUCACGGAAAUUACAUCCGGUCGUGAAGUACAUCGACACUCGAAGGCGCACGAUACCUAUGUGCAUGACAUAGUUAUAGAAAAUAUAGGCGAAGGCGCAAUCCCUGGUGAUUUCCACAUGCGUGAAGAACAGAAGGAUGAUACCGUUAGCAUAUAUCCGAACAUCGACGCCCUCUCCAUAAAAUCCAAUUCCAGCGAUGUCAACAGACACCAACACCAGGUACACACUGAGGGAAAUGCAAAGUAA